AUAUAAUCGGGUUCGAUGUUAGAAGCAUAUAUUACUCGGCAUGCUAUGUUGAGAGUCGCAACAAGAGGGCAGAACCAGAAGCUACUGACCUUCCUCAACAGACCCUUCAUUUUCUCUAUUAUCAUGUCGUCAAACAACACUAGGGUUUCUGCUUUCUCAGCAGGCUCUCCCACUUACUCCCCUUCGAAGCGAGUAGUCGGCACUCACAACGGAAGCUUCCACUGCGACGAAGCCUUGGGCUGCUUCAUGAUUCGCCUCACCAACAAGUUCUCCGCCGCCGAAAUCGUUCGAACCAGAGACCCUCAGAUGCUGGAAACCCUUGAUGCUGUGCUUGAUGUUGGGGGAGUUUAUGAUCCGAGUAGAGACCGCUACGAUCAUCACCAGAAAGGGUUCGACCAGGUUUUCGGACAUGGUUUCACUACUAAGCUCAGUAGUGCGGGUCUUGUUUACAAACAUUAUGGGAUAGAGAUAAUUGCAAAUGAGCUUCAGCUUGACCAAGGACAUCCAGAUGUGCAUCAGUUAUUUUUAGCUAUUUACAAAAGUUUCAUGGAGGCAAUUGAUGCCAUUGAUAACGGAAUUAAUCGAUAUGACACAGACCAGCCUCCAAAAUAUGUGAAUAAUACACAUUUGUCCUCAAGAGUUGGAAGACUGAAUUUGGAUUGGAUGGACCCUGAUCAGUCACCUGAGAAGGAGAAUGAAGCCUUUCAACAGGCAAUGGCUUUGGCUGGCAGUGAGUUUUUGGAUAGUGUGCGGUUUCAUGCAAAAUCAUGGUUGCCAGCACGGUCGAUUGUUAUGGAGUGUCUUGCAGCAAGGCAUGAUAUUGAUCCCAGUGGAGAAAUUAUGGUUUUGAAUAGAUUUUGCCCUUGGAAGCUUCACCUGUUUGAGCUUGAGGAGGAGAUGAAGAUUGACCCACCCAUUAAAUAUGUUCUUUACGAGGAUGAAAGGGCCAAACAGUGGCGGGUGCAGGCAAUGGGAAUAUCUCCGGAUAAAUUUGAGUGCCGCAAAGCACUCCCAUCUCAAUGGCGAGGCUUGAGAGAUGAGGAACUAUCAAAGGAGGCUGGAAUCCCAGGUUGUGUUUUUGUCCACAUGAGUGGGUUUAUUGGUGGUAAUCAAAGUUUUGAGGGUGCACUGGCCAUGGCAAGAGGUGCUUUGAAGCUUUAAGCAGAUAAUCCCGUGGUAUUGCCAUCUUCUUGCUGAGAUCUUUACGGCAUUUGUGCAUGAUGCGCAGGACUGCCAUUGCACCAUCCUUCUCUUCCAAUUUUGCUUGCCGGAUGCAAUGGCAUUGAACACUGCAUUUUUUUGAAGUUUUGUUUCUUAGAAUCGGCAUGAUGAUUGGAUAUGAUGAUGUGUUGUUUCAUAUUAGUGAUUCAUACAACUUAUUUCUCUCUC